GAUGCUAUUAAAUAUCUGUAUAUUUUAUUCUAUUUUUUAUAUUAACUAGAUUAUUAAGAUCUUGGAGUGUUUCCAACUCUUUAUGUUAGAGAAUCGAGGCUCAGUUUUAUCUUAUUCUGUUACUGUUUGGUUAAUUUGAUUUUAAGAGAAGAGAAGCCAAAUUACCAGACUUUUAAAAUCUCAUUAAUCCUUAUACUUCAUUAAUCUGAAUAGCCUAAAUUUUGUUUAUUUAAUGUAGUCCAGCAAUUUUUCUUCUUAGCUAGCAUUAUUUGAUACACUAAACGACAGUCCUCUAACAAUUUUUCUUG